UUGGUGGGCAUGUAGCCCCAGUAGACUUCUGCGGAAAGAAAUCGUUUCGUCCCUGGUGGUCACUCCACCCCCGCGCUGCCCCCGCCCGAAGCCCAAAAAUUGCAGUUUUUCCUACAUAACUACCUGAACCGUGGCACCGAGGAUGACAAAAUGUUUAUGGCAAGCCUUCGGUCACUGUGUGGAACUGUCUGCAUGAGAGGACAGUGUAAAUAGGACAGAUCCCCUGGCAUCUGCAGAGGGUACACUGCAGAGUGGACUACGCCACUACCGAUCAACAUGACAACAGACUGGAGUUGGAGUUGAACAGACACGUUGAGUGACAAGGAGAGGUUGGUAUUGUGGGUGCUGCUUGUCAAAUCUGUGUCACUGGUAGAGGAUCAAUGGUUGGUCGGGGAUUAUGGGGCUGCAAUCGUUUGGGCAAACGCAGUGGGAGGUUUGGAGUGGUGCCUACUGUCUGUGGUGGCAUCAUGGGCACCUUCCUCCUGGUACUACUUUUCAUCGACUCCAUUGAACUGUGGGCAACGUCACUGGGGAUGACGGGGCACGUUAAAGGACCUACUCAGGGUGGGCUUCUACCUCAGAGUAUGCCACCCACACGGCCAGAGGAGUACCUGCUGAUGCCUAGCCCCUUGGUAUGCCAGCGUGCCAAGCCUUAUCUCAUCACCAUGGUGACAACAGCCCCUGCCAAUCAGAGGGCACGACAGGCCAUCCGGGACACGUGGGGAGGGGAGGUGGAGAUCCGUGGUAAGCGGGUACUCACGCUCUUCAUGGUUGGCAUGCCUGCUGACCCCACCAUGGGCAAGCUGCUUGUGGUGGAAGCACGAGAGCAUGGCGACCUGGUGCAGGGUCGCUUCCAGGACUCCUACGCCAAUCUGACCCUGAAGACUCUGGCCAUGCUUGGUUGGGUGCGCCGGUUUUGCUCUCAAGCACGCUUUGUGGCCAAGGUGGAUGACGACGUGCUCUUCAACCCGGCGGCUCUUCUGCGCUACCUGGACCGCAGCCACCCCGUUCGGCAGACGUCGGACGGCCAGCCGGCAGACCUCUAUCUCGGCCGCGUCCACCUGCGCGUGGCGCCCAACCGGGAUCCGUCCAGUAAGCAUUUUACGCCCACCCAGGCCUACGCCGGCGCGGCGUUCCCGGACUACUGUAGCGGGACGGCCUACGUGCUCUCGCGCCCGGCCGUCCUCAAGCUCUCCCUGGCCGCCGCUGCCUCUCCCCUGCCACACCCUCUGCCCCCCGAGGAUGUGUUCAUUGGCCUGAGCGCCCAUGCAGUGGGCCUCGUGCCCACACACUGCCCGCUCUUCUCGGGGGGGCCAGCCGUGCCCUACGGCCGCUGCUGCUACCAGGCCAUGGUGUCAGUGCACCACGUCAUGCCGUCCGAGAUGGUCCGCUUCUGGGCAGACGUCCACACCUCCGCCCCCUGCUCGUGGUUGGGCACGCGGGCCUCACUCGGGGUCUGUAAGGUGCGAGCGCUGCUAGGGACCCUGAUAGGGUAGCAGGCUACUGUCUGGGUGCCUCUCAUUCGUCUUUUUAUAUAUCCUCCCUUCCUUCCUCGGUCCUCAUUCCCACUGAUCUAGAUAAAGAAUGAUGGGGCGACAACAAUGGGAUAGUCUAUCGAUUGCUAGUUAUAGAUCUGUGGGAACGAGCCUGGAGGACCGAGCAUCGAGGAGAGAGGUUGAGAAUGGGCCUCUGAGUUGAAGGAGAGCUGUCGUUGUGGUGCCCAAAGGGAAGACUGACUGAAAUGUGAAACAGUACUCACCAUUCAUAACAUGCAUCUGCAAAUACUGCACAAGAUAAGACAGAAGGCAAAAGCACAAACCAAGUAGUAGCAUUGAAAAUCAUUGUUGAUUAUCACAACUCUUUUGGAACUUAACAUUCAAGAUUUGAAUGUAUAUUACUGCAUUUCCACUGUAGGGAGAGAUGCCCUUACUGAAACCGAUACUGAUGUUUAAAAUAACAAUUUGGCCGAUGAACAAUAUAUUGGCAUUUUUAUUUGUUUUGUAGUUAAUUAUACUCUUUACUGGCCGGUAAACAAACAUAUUCAUAAUCAAAAUGCGAAUAACAACCAUUUUCAAGGCUUUUAUGUCAUCUAUGACACUUUUUCUGAGUGUGCCAGUUCACACAUCACAGAACAUGUAGCUAGUGCAGAAUUGAUUUGACUUAACAGAUACUGUAAAUAUCAGCCACUGCCUUUGGUAAAUGUCAUACAAUUUGCCGAUAGCGAUAUGUCAAAAAGGCCGAUAUCAGCCAAUACCAAUGUAAGGCUGAUGUAUUGGUGCAUCACUAGUUAUAACAAGCCAUAGCAGGCUUUGCUAAGGCUUUACAUUAAUGAAGUCUCUGUGACCUAUAUGCACUAUGCUGGAAGAAAAGGUGAUGAAAAAUUCAACUGCUUGUCUGAUCAGUAAUGGUUUCGGUGUACAUGCUAUGCACAAUGCUGUUUAAGAUGAGAUCUUGGAUAAGAAAUGAACUCAGUGGAAUUCGAGUCACCAAAAGCCUUUCCUUGUCAGAUUCCUCAGAAGGUUGAGGUUUCCUUCACAGUGUUCAAACAUUUCAGUGUUUUGCGUUGCCAUUUUUAAUUAGUUAAAUGCUUGUUUAAUGCUGUUGUAAUACAGCAUAGAAUGCAGCCACAUAGAGAUUUUUUGAUCAAAAGGGAUGGUCUCUCAAUAGUCAAGAGUGCACACUUAAAUAUUGAUGUCGGUGACUAUGGAUGUCCUAUGCUUUUUAUAAGCAGACAUUUUCAAAUUCAAUGAGUAUUUCAGUAAUGUAGCACUGUCUAGGAUGUGAAGCAGUCUUCGCAAAUGCACUGUUGUUGUUUUCUUAAGUGGCUCAAGGAGCCUUGAUAAUAUGUGAAAUCUUUUUUUCAAGGCAUCAUUUCUAGUCUGGCUAUCACCAGACAACGCUCAAUCUAUUAAGAUUGAACAUUAGUCUGGGGUGUCUGCACUGUAUUUCUACUGCACAAGAGGCAUGAUCAAUGGGCAUAGUUCAAAUGACUCCGUAAGCUUGGAUAGUCCAUCAACCAAUCAGACCAACGAUCCGGGUGCACCUGGUGGAUAAGCUAUAGUUUGUGAUUGGUUCCAGCAAACGUGGACUGGUAGCAGGAGAGAUAAAUAUGCAGGUUUCCAGCCUGAGCUGAAGUGUGAAAUCCAAUCGCUGGCAGAUCAGGUUGGUUUACCCAGGCUAGGUCGUUUCUACAUACCAUGGAAGUUACUGCUGUCUAAAUGUACUGAAUCAGGUCAGCCUUUGUGAAGUGUAUAGUGAGAGAGUUUGUAUGAGAAAGCCUGUAGGUGUUACUUUCACCCUUGUGCAAAUCAAUUGAAACAUGAACAAUAAUACUGGCUGAUGCAGUUGUAAUGGCAGUACAGACCCAAGGCCAAAUGCCAUAUUGGCAAAAGUGGAAUUAAUAUAAAUUUGUGGUUCUGGCUCCUAAAUUAAAUGGGUUCUUCCUGGAGUUAUGCCGUACCUGUCCACUAUCCGCAAGAUACUCUGGCAAUAAGCAACGAUGCAAGCUACUUUUACCUCAGGCAUCAGGGUAAGCCAAUCACAUAGGUGUAUCUGAUAUAGGUGGGCCAGAGGCGAGCUAAACUGAUGACGACAACGCUGCAUGUUAAAAGUCAGUAAACAUUGUGUUAUUCAAUUGCGUCGAAGUCCGGAAUCAGUCAAACAUUGUUCGUACGUAGUACGUAUUAUCCAAUUACGUGCAGUGAGAUUUUCAUGGAUUAUACAUUGACUUUGCAAAUGUUUUUCAGUUAUGAAGUUACAGUAAUUUCCCGCAUGUAAACCGCAUUGUGUAUAAGCCGCAGGACAGUGUUUUAUGCAAGUUAAAAGAAACAAAACCAUAUUAACACCAUAUUAACUGCCCCCCUGUAUUAACCUCAUAGCUGAAGAAAUGUUGUUAAAUCAAUGUAUAAGUCGUGGCUAAUAGUCGGGAAAUUACGGUAAUACGCGGGGUUAAUAAGGUAUUAAUAUAGCUUUGUUUCUUUCAACUUGCAUAAUAGACUGUCCUGCAGCUUAUACAAUAAGGUGGCUAAUACACAGGACAUUACUGUAACCUAUUUGGUGGUUGUAAUUAACUGAUUCAACAUUGGCAUGUGAAAAAAGAAAGAAAUUUAAUAUUACUGGUCUGGGCCUUUCAGCAUAAUGAAAUGCCAUGCGAUUGUAGGCUAAUUCAGAAGAAAUCACAUUUUACUUUGAUUCAUUUGAACAAAGGUAACUCCACAGGGAAGGUGAAAAAGAAGCAUUUUUUAGACAUAAAUUCUGUGUUAGUGAAACUUUGUUUUAAGCAACUGAAUGUGAAAAAUAUUAAAUAUGUAAUAUUUAUUGAUCUAUUUUAACAAUGAAAGAGAUGAUGUUAGUACAAGAAAUACACAGUAUUUUUUCAGCACUGUGUCUCUGAACAGUAUGUUUACAGUUAUAUGUAUGAGUGUUAAGAAACAAGUCCACUAACAAAUGUAAUGUGUGUAAGAAAAUGUGAGUACUGUAAGUGUCUAAAUAUGUAUUGCAUGAUUGAAGAGUGAUGGUCUUGGGGUUUCUCAUUUCCAUUUGAUCAGGUUGACUUAUAUUACUUUGUGUCCCCAAGUAGACAAGCUAUUCCCAUACUAAGUAACAUGUAAACCAUUUUUACAUACAUGCAGCUUGUAUUUUAACAAAAUUACUCAAAUACCAAGGCAGGGUUUCCUCAUUUAAAUCACAAAGUGAUAUGCUUAAUAACAUUUGGUGUGCAGUAUGCACAUCUGUUUUUGUAGCAGCCUAUAUUACCACUCAGCUGCCAUCCGAGUACAGAAGAGCACCAAAGAGAGAGGGAAUACAGAACAAAUAAAAAGCUUUUCUAUCUAGUGUCACCAUGCAAUAAAAUAUUACCGUAAUGUUUGGUACUUGAGUGCAUGGAGAAAGGGGACCCGGUGUAUGCACUGAAAAAUUGUGUGUGACUGUAUUUGAUGGGAGCCUGAAUGUGAGAUGAUGAGCAAUAAACAAAAUCUCCUCCAACAUCUCCUUUGGUCUCCAUCACUUCUUUAUCUUAAUUUUAGACUUCAAGGUAUGGGUUAGUAACUCUGUUACCGUUUUUGCUUAGCCUGGCUAGCGCCUACCACUUUUCAAAUGAGACGUGGUCUGGCAACCAGACGUUCAUUUUCUCGUAUUUGAAAAAAUGCCCAGAUCCGUUCAUUGGGCGUCACAGAUGUCUAUCAAAUGUGUCUGUGCAUAGCUCAUCA